CGAAAACAAUAAGAAAGUUGACCGUCUAUGCCAUUGCCACCAAUUCUAAUAACAUAAUUAAUGCACCUCGACAAUUGACAAUAGAAGACCAUUUCCCCCUACUUUUCGUUCAUGUUCCUCUUCGUCGCCCCCUUCGUCUUACUCCUCGUUUUGGCGCUGAUCUGGGCAGUCAAAUUCUUUCUCAUACAACCCGUCUUUGAUCCUCUCCGCAAUUUACCAGGACCCGAGGCCUCCUUGUUCACAUCUCAUGCAGUUAAUGUGGUAGAUCCGCAAAGGAGCGUCAUAUAUAAUCGCAAAUAUCGAGAGGACUAUGGGAAGACGUUCAAGGUCCACGGUUUCGGAGGAUAUGACCUCCGUCUAAUGUCGUUCGAUGUCCGAACCAUCACCUACAUCCUAAAUUCACCCACAUAUGAGAAACCCAAGAUCAGUCGCGGGUUGCUGGCCACUUUCUUAGGACGGGGUAUCUUUACUAUGGAAGGUGCAGAACAUGCGUUUCAGCGUAAAAUCAUCGCACCAGCAUUCGCAACACAAUCAAUCAAGGAGCUGAUGCCAAUCUUCUUUCACGAGGCCCAGAGUUUGCGUGACAAGUGGGAAGAAUUGGUUCUACCUUCCAAAAGCACGUCGGAUGCCCCGGGACACACGUUGCUAGAUGUUUCUCACUGGGCAGCACGGUCCACCUUUGACUGUUUUGGGCUCGCUUGUUUAGAUUAUAAUUUCCGUGCUGUACAAGGAGAGACCGGGGAGUUAUAUACCGCCUUCCGGACAGUAUUCGAUUUGGUCAACGAAAAGAAGGUGUUGCGACUCGUAUUCCCGAUUUUAGAUCGAAUUUGGCCGGACCGCAUCGCGCGCGAAAUCAAGAAACAUUUGGCAGUUAUUUACAGGACUGGCCAGGAGGUUGUGGAUCGCAAGAGGGAAGAGAUCCAAGAUGAGAAAUAUAAAUCGAAGGAUUUUCUCAGCCUCUUGAUCAAAUCCAAUCUCUCCACCGAUUCCAACAAACGCCUCACGGAUUCUGACCUCCUCGACCAAAUAACAGCUUUCCUUUUCGCCGGUUCAGACUCCACCGGACUUUCCAUCUCCUUUUGCCUUCUCUAUCUAGCCGAACACCCUGAAUACCAAACCCGACUACGAGACGAGAUCGCCAGUGCUACAACGAACCAUGACAUCGCUGCAGGGGACUAUCCACCAAUAGAUUCCUACCCGUUCCUAAACGCCGUCGUCAGAGAGACACUCCGUCUCUACCCAUCAGUCCAUUCUACCAUUCGUGUCGCAACAAAGGACGAUGUCAUCCCUGUAUCCCACCCUGUUGUCAUGCAAGAUGGAACAGUUAUACCCGCCGGAGGGAGUUUCCCGAUUCGUAAAGGAAGUGCGAUACAUAUACCCAUUGAAGGAUUGAAUUAUUCGCAAGAUAUAUGGGGACCUGGUUCCCUUAAGUUCCGUCCCGAACGAUGGAUGUCUGACACAGAAUCACCAUCAUUCCCUGGCCUCUCCAAUGUUAUGACAUUUUCUCUCGGUGGUCAUGCCUGUCCUGGAUGGAGAUUUGCUCUUGCAGAAAUGAAGGUCUUCCUCAUAAUUGUACUCCCCCGUUUCCGUUUCCUGCCUGUUGAAAAUCAGGUCAUCAGGAGAUUCAACGGAAUCCUGACUCGUCCGUUCGUCAAAGGUCGAGCAAAGGAAGGCUUCCAGCUGCCUCUCAGGUUGGAAAGACUGGAAUCAUGAAAGGUUCAUAUUCAUGCUCACUCGGUAUGUGACUUGUCAGACAGGGUCCGGUAAAUAAUCCAUGCCUCAAUUCUUUCAUUUCCGCAAAGUUGCGCCCU